AUGGAGCGCGUGGCGAGCUUGGCAGAAAAGCUCACAGGUGAUGUCGCUGGUCUAAAGAAGGAUGUGAAAGGCCAGGUGAGUCACCUGCAAAAGAACCUAAGGCAGGUGGCGGAGGUAGUUAAUGUCGACAUCGCUCCUAGUCGAACUCAUUACCACCCUUUUACCACAGAAAUCAUGGCAUCACCUCUCCCAGACAAAUAUGAGUCCCCGUCAAUCCCACCAUACGACGGCAGAGGAGAUCCCGACGACCAUCUGGAAAUGUACACAGGACACAUGCUUCUACAUGGAUACGCAGAGGAAAUAAUGUGUCGAGCAUUCCGGAACCACUUGACGGAUUCUGCCCGAAGAUGGUUCCGGACGCUCAAGCUAGACUCCAUCUCCAGCUGGGAAGAAUUGAAGGAAGCCUUUUCCCUCCAGUUCAUCGGGGUAAAAAAGUACAUCUCGCCAAAGCAAAAUGUGACAAUGGUUUACCAAGAACAAAACGAAUUAUUAAAAAAGUGGCUGACAAGGUACGGAGAAGCCGUUGCUGCUACAACGGAUAUGACGGAUAUAGAGGCUCUUAUGGGAGCUUUAUCUAGUAUGAAAAAGAUCAUGCCGUUUAAACGCGACCUGAACCGAAAGCCACCGGCCACCUACAAAGAAUUCUUAGCAUGGGCAUAG